AUGAAACCGAACCAAAGCCAUGGGCUAGACCGAACCGGAACUGAGACUUAUAAAAGGAUAAUAUUGACGUCAGUAUCGGCGAUGGCGGCGGAAACGGCAACGUUUCCGAUAGACUUAACGAAGACUAGACUUCAGCUGCAAAGUGGAUCUCCUCGGGUAGGUCCCACCAAUGCAUUUGGAGUGGCUAGAGAGAUUAUAGUGGGUAAACAAGGUGCAAUUGGACUGUAUCAAGGUCUUUCUCCUGCUAUUCUUAGGCAUCUGUUUUACACUCCAAUUAGAAUUGUGGGUUAUGAGAAUUUGAGGAAUUUUGUUGGUGUUAAUGAUGGUGAUGGUGAGACUUCGCUUUCUACUAAAGCUAUUCUUGGUGGAAUUUCUGGUGUUAUUGCUCAGGUGGUGGCUAGUCCUGCUGAUCUUGUAAAGGUGCGGAUGCAAGCGGAUGGCCAUAUGGUGAAUCAAGGACACCAGCCUAGGUACUCGGGGCCUUUCAAUGCGUUUAACAAGAUUGUGUGUACAGAAGGCUUUGGUGGUCUUUGGAAAGGGGUCUUCCCAAAUAUCCAAAGGGCAUUUUUAGUAAACAUGGGAGAAUUAGCUUGUUAUGAUCAUGCAAAACGAUUUGUUAUCCAGAACCAGAUAGCUGGUGAUAAUAUAUAUGCCCACACCUUAGCUUCCAUUACGUCUGGGCUUUCUGCAACUGCUUUGAGUUGUCCAGCUGAUGUAGUGAAGACAAGAAUGAUGAAUCAGGCAGCAAGCCAGGAGGGACAGGUUAUAUACAAGAGUUCAUAUGAUUGUCUGGUGAGGACAGUUAAAGUCGAGGGAAUAAGAGCAUUGUGGAAAGGAUUUUUCCCUACAUGGGCAAGACUUGGUCCCUGGCAAUUUGUGUUUUGGGUCUCUUAUGAGAAGCUCAGACAGGCUGCAGGCAUCUCUUCCUUCUGAUAAUUGAUCCAUGGAUUCAGUCUGCAAGUUAUUUGGCCGAGACAUCUUCUAAAUUUUGCUAAUUUUUACAAUACCACCCUUCAAAAAACUCAUUUUCUA